CAGUGACGCGCACAUUCCUCCUUCCGUCCUCUGUCGUCGUCUCAUUCCUGAGCGAGUUUCUCCUCAGUUCCUCCCCAGCACAACACAGCCGAGCGAGCUAGCGAGCCGAGGAUUGACUGGAUUGAGGACGUUCACGCGGAGUAUUAGUAUUUUAUUUUUGGAAUUCCGUUGUGUCCCCUCCCCGCCCCCAGCCUUUUGAACGCGGGGACGCUUCGUAUCUUUCUGCGUGGACGUUGGGAGCGACCAUGUUGUUGUUCUUCCUAGGCAGGUGAUAAGAGGAGAAGCCGGCCGCAGUUCGCCAGCUCCGAGAAGAUCUGAGGGGAACGUGGGACCGCUCGCUCCCGGAGGCCGAAGAUGAACCCGCUGGCGUGCCACUGACAGGAAUGAUAUCCUGAGCUUUUUCCUGACAGCCAGCGACUCAGCGAUGAGCCUGAGGAUAUAAUGGCCAAGAACAAGGAUGCGCGCCCCCCGACAUUCGCCGUCAGCGUGGUUGGCCUCUCCGGGGCGGAGAAAGACAAGGGAAACUGCGGCGUGGGCAAGUCGUGCCUGUGCAACAGAUACGUGCGUCCCGACGCCGACGACUACUACUCGGAGCACACGUCCGUGCUGAGCACAAUCGACUUUGGGGGGCGCGUGGUGAACAAUGACCACUUCCUGUACUGGGGCGACGUUCCCCACAGGGGGGACGAGGGACUGGACUGUAAGAUCCAAGUCAUCGAGCAGACGGAGUUCAUCGAUGAUCAGACGUUUCAGGCGCACCGGAGCACCAACAUGCAACAGUACAGCAAACGGGCGGCGACGACCAAGCUUCAGUCUGCCGAAAAGCUCAUGUAUAUCUGCACGGACCAGCUGGGCCUCGAGCAGGACUUUGACCAGAAGCAGAUGCCGGACGGGAAGCUGAACAUUGACGGCUUUGUGCUCUGCGUCGACGUCAGCAAGGGCUGCAACAGGAAGUUUGAUGACCAAAUGAAGUUUGUCAAUGGCCUCUACUCUCAAAUCGCCAAGUCAAAGAAACCCAUUGUGGUCGCUGCCACCAAAUGUGAUGAGUUUGUAGAUCAGCACCUGAGGGACCUCUACACUUUUGUGGCCAGCAAGAAGAACUUGCUCCUUGUCGAGACGUCGGCGCGCGCCAACAUCAAUGUGGAGCUCUGUUUCAACGCUCUCAUCCAGCAGCUGGACAAAACCAGGGGCAAGCCAAAAAUGGUGCCAUACUUGGAGGCCGAUAAAGUCCAAAGGCAGCUUGUUGCCUCAGUGACGGAAAGAUUUGAGAAACUCAUGGUGCAGAUGGUUAGAGAUUACCACACCACGUGGAAAGCGGUGGUCAGUAACACAAAGGGCAACCCCGACUAUGAGGAGUUCGUCACCUUGGAGGGCUCAAGGAAGGGCAGGAGCAUGUUCACAAAGCACAUUGCACAGCUGAAACAAGAGCACAUCAAGAGGAGGCGAGAGGAGUACCUGACCACUCUGCCCAAGACCCUCAACAACCUCGUGAGCCGCUUGGACGAGGUGGAGCACCUGACGUGGGCCGAGGCGCAAAGCGUCAUCCGCAACCGCUCCGAUUUCCAGUGUUGGUUUGUGGUACUGGAACAGACGCCGUGGGACGAGUCGGACCACAUCGACAACAGCGACCGGCGGAUACCUUUCGACCUCCUGAGCACGCCCGACGGCGAGAGGAUUUACCACAACCACGUCCAGCACCUGCUGUCGGAAAAGAGGAGGGUAGACAUGAAGGAGAGGUUCAAGAAGACGCUGGACAGGGUUCACUUUAUCAGUGCCGGGCAGCCUUGGGAGGAAGUCAUGUGCUUCGUUAUGGAGGAUGAAGCCUCCAAGUUCAUCACAGAAUCAGAUAGGAGGGAUGUUUACUGUAGACACCAGCAGGAAAUAGUUGAGCGGGCCAAAGAGGAAUUUCAGGAAAUGCUUUUUGAGCACGCCGAGCUCUUCUACGACUUGGAUCUGAACGCCACGCCGAGCUGCGACAAGAUGAGUGAAAUUCACAGCGUGCUCAACGAGGAGCCUAGAUACCGGGCGCUACAGAAACUGGCCCCGGACCGUGAGUCGCUGCUCCUUAAGCACAUCGGCUUCGUUUACCACCCCACCAAGGAAACUUGCCUGAGCGGGCACAACUGCGUGGACCUGAAAGUGGAGCAGGUUCUCGCCAACAGGCUGGUUCAGCUGGACCACGGCCGCUCGAACCUCUACUACAACAUUGCCAAUGUGGACAAGAUCAACCUCUGCCUCCUGGGAAGGGAGGGCCUCUCGCAAGAACUAGCCAAUGAGAUUCGAGCUCAGUCCACGGACGACGAGUACGCCCUCGAUGGCAAAAUUUACGAAAUGGAGCUUCUGCCCGUGGACGUCAACUCCACGUUGCUCUUCAGUCACACCUGGGUGUCCACGUUCAAGCCGCACGGCUGCUUCUGCGUCUUCAAUUCCAUCGAGUCCCUCAACUGCAUCGGGGAUUGCAUUGGCAGGAUCCGAGCGGAGAUCGCCCAGGGCAGGAGAGAGAAGUUCUCUCCUCCUCUCCCGUUUAUCCUCAUCCUGGCCAAUCAGAGGGACAGCGUGUGUAAGAACAUACCCAUCCUGCGGCACCAGGGCCAGCAGUUGGCCAAUAAGCUGCAGUGCACCUUUGUGGACAUUCCGACCGGUGCCUUUCCGCGCAAGUUCACGGAGUUCCAGAUCAAGCAGGGCCUUCGAGCGGUUCUGGACGGCCUCAAGCAGAACUUUGAUGUCCUGGCGCCGCUGCCCUCCAUCAAAGACUUGUCGGAGGCCGACCUCCGGAUCGUUAUGUGCGCCAUGUGCUGGGACCCCUUCAGCGUCGAACUCAUUCUCUCGCCUUUUCUGGAGUCGCACUGCUGCAGCGCCGGGCAGCCGGGCCAGGCCAACACGCUGCUACUGGACAAGAUCAUCGGGGACAGCAGGAGGAGGAUUCAAGUCGCCGUCCUCUCCUACCACUCGGCCAUCGGUGUCCGCAAAGAUGAGCUGGUGCACGGCUACAUCCUGGUCUACUCGGCCAAGCGCAAGGCGUCCAUGGCGACGCUGCGCGCCUUUUUGGCAGAGGUCCACGACGUGAUCCCCGUCCAGAUGGUAGCCAUCACAGACAGCCAGGCAGACUUCUUUGAAAACGACGCCAUCAAGGAGCUGAUGACCGAAGGCGAGCACAUCGCCACGGAGAUCGCUGCCAAGUUUACGGCGCUGUACUCGCUGUCGCAGUACCACCGGCAGACGGAGGUUUUUACGCCCUUCUUCAACGAAGUGCUGGAGAAGAAACCAAAUAUUGAGAGCUCCUUCUUGUUUGACAGCUCGUCGAGGGAGUGCACCACUGGGGCCGCUGAAGACGUCUUCCAGACCUCGCCACAAAGCCACUCUCCGGCCUACAACACGUACUACCCGGAGUCCGACGACGACAACGAAGCCCCCCCGCCGUACAGUCCGAUAGGCGACGACGUCCAGCUUCUUCCCACGCCCAGCGAGCGCACCAAGUACCGUAUCGACCUGGAGGGCAACGUGUACCCGGUCCACAGCACGCCUUUGGGCGACAACGAACGCAACCACAAAGUGCCUCCGCCCGUUCGACCCAAGCCGGCUCUAUCCAAACCCAAUGUGAAAAAAUUGGACCCCAACUUGCUGAAAACCAUCGAAGCCGGAAUGCGAAGCAACCGCCGCCCGCCGCGCAUACCCGCCACGCACUCCGACGACGUGGAAGCUUCGGACAACUAUGCAGACCCCGCAGACACCCUGCCGAGGACCAGGGGCUUCCACACCGACGACAUUUACGCCGAGCCCGACGACGCGCACCGCCGCCUAGUUAAGAUCCGGAACUCGUUCGGCCUGCACGGGGGAGGAGAGGACGAGAACGGAUACGACCGCAAGACUCAGACCGGACGCCGGCCCUCCAAGUACAAACACCGCUCCAAAAUCCUCUUCAGCAAGACCAAAGCCUACCAAAGACGCUUCCACUUGGACAGCGACGGCGAGGAGACGGGCCCCACCACGCAGAAGAAGAAGAAGGGAAGGGCCCACCGGGGCAGCGAGGAGGACCCGCUGCUGUCUCCCGCGGACCCCUGGAAGGGUGGCAUCGACAACCCCGCCAUCACCUCCGACCCCGAGCAGGAAGAUAAGAAGAUGAAGAAGAAGAAGACGCCCAAGACGCCAAAGGAACCCAAGAAAGCCAAAUCUUCGAAGCCGCCCAAGCCGCUGUACCCUCCCACCCGAAGAACGUGGGAGAGCAACAACUUCGGCGUGCCGCUGCGCAACCUGGUGGCCCCCGAUCGACCCAUCCCGCUCUUCGUCGAGAAGUGUGUGGACUACAUCGAGCGCACGGGUUUAACCACCGAAGGCUUGUACCGCGUCAGUGGCAAUAAGACUGACCAGGACAACAUCCAGAAGCAGUUUGACCAAGAUCAGAGCGUGGACUUCGUGGCGCUGGACGUGGCCAUCAACGCGGCGGCCGGAGCGCUGAAGGCGUUCUUCGCCGAGCUGCCCGAGCCGCUCAUCCCGUACAGCCUCCACCCCGAACUGGCGGAGGCCGCAAAAAUGGUGGACUACGUGGAGCGUCUGCAGGUCCUCAAGGAAAUCGUCAAGAAGUUUCCCCCGGUCAACUAUCACGUCUUCAAAUACAUCAUCACGCACCUCAACAGGGUAAGUCAGCACAGCAAAACUACGCUGAUGACCGCCGACAAUUUGUCCAUCUGCUUCUGGCCGACGCUGAUGCGGCCCGACUUUGAGAACAAAGACACGCUGUCCAUCACCAAGCUCAACCAGGCCGUGGUGGAGGCCUUCAUCCUGCAGAGCGACUUCUUCUUCCACGGCGGCGACGUCCCCGAAGGCGACGGCGCCCCCGGGCCCCCGCCGCCGCCGCCGCACCGUUGCCACGAGAUGGUGGAGGCGCUGCUGCCCCUGCAGCUGCCGCCCCCCCUGCAGCCGCAGCAGAUUCGCCACGCGCUGCCCCCCGAGCCCCUCGUUUGAGCGCCGCCCCUUCUCGUGUUUGCAAACAGCAAAAAGGGACUCCUCGUUGUUUUCAUCCAGUUCGAAAGAACAAAACGUUGACCCGAUUUGUCUCAUUUCAAUUUCCGGCUCCAAUCCAAAAAAUCGCAAAUUGAAAAAAGGCAGCAGGACCGCCAUUCGGGAAAUGGAAUUGCAAGGAAUUGCCGUAGAAUUGACCCUACCUGGCAACAAAGCGCUAUCGUCGAAAUGAAACUCCAACUCACUUCAGCUGAGUUCCGACGACCGCUAUAUUCACAUGAAAUUGAGUAAUGUGGCCGUUUUUAAAUGAGCUUUUAUCUUGUCUGAGCCAGCAAUUGAAAUAUGACAAAUCCGGACAUUUUUCAUUGGAUUUCAAUUUUGAGUCCCGUUUUGGUUUUUGCCUAGAAAAUGUGAAGACGGCUGAUCGCCCCCUUGUGGAGAACGGCAUCACGACGUCACUUUUUGGAUCUUUUUUGGCACAUAGCGAUGACGUUUUCAUGUUGCCUGUGCUCGACGGGGUCAAGGGUCAACUGCGGGACUUGUUGUGCGUGACCUCCCACCCCCACCCAAGGUACAAAACAAACAAACAAAGACUCCAGGUCUUCCUAAAGGUUUUCACAUUGCAGCACAGGAACCUCAUCUUCCUCAUCGUCAUCACUUGUAGAUAAUUGAGAAGAGCACAGUGGCUUUUGAUCACUUUUCUUUUUUGAUAUAUUUCUAUGUGCUCUCAUUUCUACCCUGUUUGUGUGUGUGUGCAUGUGUGUGCGCGUCCGUGUACGGAUUCAGGAGGGAAACUUAAGUGGAGAAAGGGACGAACUGCCAAACCACUACAGGCCACUGCUGCAUGUUUUAGUGAAGAAAAAAAAAAACAUUCAUGUUAUUGUCAGGAAUGUUUUUGCAGUUAAAGGGGAACUUUUUUUUCUUUGACGUUCAACUAUGAAUAAUUUCAUAUUUUUGCCUAAAUGUCCAAUCGUUUGUUUUUCCUUUCCCUAAAUAGAGGAAAUACAUUUAUAAAAGAAUCUAAAUAUAUGAGAAUUUAUCAGCUCAAACGCUGCUGAUGGACUCGAAAACAUGGCAACCGAGUACAAGACGUCACGCCAGUCAGUGAAUCGCGGAAGGAAAACGCCCGGAAUCCCGACUGCGUUUGAACGCAGCACGGCCGGCAGGAUGGAAAGAAACUUUUUAUUCAAGCCCGCAAAGAAAAAACGAAGAAGAAAGACGUAAACAUGAACAGGAAUGUUUUAGUUUUAAGAAAGAGAAAAGAAAAUGUGAAAAGUGUUCGAGUAGGUGACGGACGGACGGACGGACGAAAGUUUGGUUUUGAAUCCACACGUGCACGUGCGUGCGUGUGUCGAAGGAGUGUGUCCGAGCCGGUCCGGACGCGCGUCCUCGUCGUCCGUUUGACGUCACCUUGGCGGCCGCAUCACGUUGUUGACGUGUUAGCAUGACGCUAACAAGCUGCUAGCACCUGAAACGUCCUUUUUAGUGUUUUUCUUGCUCGCGAUUGGAUCGAUGGAGUGCAAAAUGCAAGUUAAGGGAAAAUGUAGCAAUUCAUUGAAGAAUCAAUGACAUCAUUAAAAAAAAAAAAAAGUUAUUGUUCAUGAAGCAAAUCAAAUUACAAUGCGGCCCGCCACUGGUUGCCCUUGAGGAAACGAGGACGCCCGUCCGGGAGGAGGACAGCGUGACGGUUUUCUGGCGAAAGGCUUAAAGCGACAUAACGGUGGCGAUUGUGCGGCGGACCCGACGGCGAGAAUGGAACGCGGCCGAUCAACCGCAAAACAAAACAUUGAGUGACGAAUGCAAAAAAACAAAAAUAAAAACAAUUAAAAUAAUAAUAAUAUGCUCCGCUUUUAAUUUGAAACCAGCGAGCAAAGGACUGGAAACUGGAAAACGUUGGUCUUGUUUCCAAAUAAACUUUCUUUUCUGACAAAAUGUCA